AUCGCCGUACUGUUUCAGAAUUUAUAGCUAACUAGCUAGCUUGUAUGAGGACUAGCCAGUGAUCCCCAUUCGAUUUGGGCUUUUAGCACUUACUUUCUCUGUAAUUUUAAACGGGAUUACUUGCGAACUGUCAAGGUCCAUUAACGAGUGUAUUUUAACAGGCAUCAGGAUUCGUUUAAAAGGGGUGUUUAAAAAAAUUGUUGAAUGGAUCCGAGGGUAGCUUGGAUUCAGCCCGAGCAGAAAGGACCUGCGAAUGCCUUAUGGAUGCAUAUUUGGGAGACCUCUCAGGCAGUCAGGACAAACUCCUCUCAUCAUCAGCCUCUUCAUCAUCAUCACCAUCACCACCACUACCAUCACUCCCACCAGCACCUUUGUGUCAACUCUCCGGCUGUGGACUCCAGCGUUUUCAAAAAUGUAGCAGCCGCGGCACCUAGCAAAAGCAGCAGCCAUGCAAGCAGCUCCAGAAACAGCACUGCAAAUUCUUCCUUCAGUGUAACGUUACCAAACGGCAGCACACAGAGCCCUCUCGCCACUCAGUUCUCCAACGGAGUAAAGGUAGGUGCGGGAGAGGGGAAAAGUCUACAGAAGACGAGUUCUGUGUCGUCCUCGUCCUCUGUGGACUCCGUAACAGAAAGCCCGGCUCCCAACUGCUCUUCGGGAAGGACUAAUGGCAGUGGUGGUAAUGCCGCUGGAAACAUGAACAAAAACGCCGGAGGUGCCAACAUAUUUAGUUUCAGUGACAAUAUGUACAAUAUGAACCAUCAUCACAAUCUUCAUCAAGAACAACAUCAGUACAAUUUCCAGCAAAAUUACAAUAAGCGCCACAGUUUUCACCCCACCGCAGUCGUGAACCAUCAUAAUCACCACCCAGGCCGUAGGAAAAGUGACAACAAGGCGAGCACCUAUGGCAUCAACUAUCUGCUUUCCAACUGGAGCAAUGGCAACUAUGUCUGUUCUGGAACUCCGUGGAAAACCAGGAAAUACAAUCCAGGGAUAAACGGGCUCCACGAGGAGAUAGUGGAUUUCUACGAGUUCAUGUCCCCGCGCCCCGAGGAAGCGGCCAUGAGGAAAGAGGUGGUGAACAGGAUAGAGACGGUCAUCAAAGAGCUGUGGCCCACGGCGGACGUCCAGAUAUUUGGCAGCUUCAGUACUGGGCUUUAUCUCCCAACCAGUGACAUUGACCUGGUUGUCUUUGGGAAGUGGGAGCGUCCCCCACUGCAACAGUUGGAACAGGCCUUACGGAAACACAGUGUGGCUGAGCCUUACUCCAUUAAAGUGCUUGACAAAGCUACGGUACCAAUAAUAAAACUCACUGACCAGGAAACAGAAGUCAAAGUGGACAUCAGUUUCAAUGUGGAAACUGGAGUGAAAGCUGCUCGCUUCAUCAAGGAUUAUGUGAAGAGGUAUACCGUCCUGCCUUACUUAAUUUUUGUGCUGAAGCAGUUCCUCCUUCAGAGGGAUCUAAACGAGGUCUUCACCGGUGGAAUCAGCUCUUACAGUCUCAUUUUAAUGGUCAUUAGCUUCCUACAGCUGCACCCGCGAAUCGAUGCCAGAAAUCCCAACGUCAACCUAGGAAUCCUGCUCAUUGAGUUCUUUGAGCUGUACGGGAGGCACUUUAACUACUUGAAAACGGGGAUCCGGAUCAAGAACGGAGGCGCGUACAUUGCCAAAGAAGAAAUCAUGAAAGCCAUGACCAAUGGGUACAGGCCAUCGAUGCUGUGCAUCGAGGAUCCCCUCUUGCCAGGAAAUGAUGUUGGUAGGAGCUCCUAUGGUGCCAUGCAAGUGAAACAGGUCUUUGACUACGCCUACAUCGUGCUGGGCCACGCAGUGUCCCCCCUCGCCCGCUCGUACCCCAACAAAGACACCGACAGCACUUUGGGUCGCAUUAUCAAAGUGACCCAGGAAGUCAUUGACUACAGGGAGUGGAUCAUUAAGAAGUGGGGGGGCAAGCAGAGCUCCCAGACAGAGAGCUGUGGCCCUGUCCUGAAGGAGGGAGGGGAGCAGGCGGACCCCAGCGGCCUGGUGGCCCUCACCGCAGACGAGCGUCAGCGCGACUCGGUGUCCCCGCACAGCGCCGACUCCCCCAUGUCCCUCUCCAGCCCCCAGCAGCACUCCUCGGCCUCCUCGGUCUCCUCCCUCUCAGGAAGUGACAUCGACUCUGAUUCAACUCCCUGUGCCGCUCCAAACAUUCCCCCUUACCCAAUGCAAGCACACACACUGGCAACCCUGGCGCCCACACUACAGAUCCCAAACGGGAAGCCUAACCUUAGCGGAGCCUUGAUCAUGCCUUCUGGCUCCCAGGCCAGACUGUCUCUGCCCGGAAACAUUGGCGUCCAUUCCCUGCCUGGCAGACAGGUUUGUAUAGAAGGGGCACCUCCUUUCCUACACAUGCCCCCUCCUGCUGCCCCUCCUGCCUCUCCCAGCCCUCUGCCAAGCUCCCACCUGCACCACAAGAUUCACAACGGGCCCAAGUACUCCGUGAAGGGACUCCACAGCCCGGCCGUGAUGCACAGCCCCACCCAGGGCGGCCGCGCUCACCUGCAGUACAAUCGCAACACGUGGCGGCGGAGGAAGCACACCCGCGAGAGUCUGCCGGUCACUCUCAGCAGCAGAUAAAGCCCCCCCCCCUCCCCUCCCCCCAGCCGC